AUGGCUUCCGCUGGGGCUAUCAGCACUCCUCUGCAACCUCACACCAUGAACGAGAGCCCGUCAACGAUUUCGCCCAGCUCUCCACAGAAGAUUUCGCCACGACGAUCACCUUACUUUGCCAACUCCUCAGCGCCGCCGCAAGAACCACACGCGGCAGACACAGUCACAAGCUCUCCACGUCCCUACACAUUCACUCCCCAACGUGUCAAGUUCCUACCUAGAGCGUGGGAACGACGGCCAACUACGCCAUUCGUAGCGCGCAAUGAUGCACAGAAGAUAUGGAGACGCGUGCCGUUGGGUGUCAUUGGGUCCAAUAUUGGGGAGAAUUGGAGGAAAGAAACCAAGAAGUUGACCACACGACCGGUCAAGAGAUUGAGAGUGGCUCAUCUUGGCGGAGAUGGAGACAAAGAGAAUGUUGGCUACAUCGCCUCUAGAUGGGACGAAGGUGAAAUGACGACACCAAGUCCGAAACGAAAGGCAUCGGAAUGCGGGGGCGUUGCUGACCGCGAAAUCGAUUGGGAGGAUCAAAACAUACCCGUUGCUGUCCACGACAACGUCGAAGACGACGAGGACCUUAGAAAUUCACAACGCGGCACGGCUUCACCUAUCCUCGGAAGCCAUGACGUCUCUGAGAGCUGGAUCAAGGGUGAAGGUGUUGAUAAUGAAGCGGACCUUUCGUCAGCUGUCUUAGACAGCGCUGGUCCGGCUCUAGAAGUGGUGGAUUUGCGCCAACCUCCUGCACCGGUCUGUGAGCCGGUGAAUUUCUCUUCUAGCUCUUCACUUACAGCAAUGGAAUCUCCGUCUGGUACACCCAUGAAGCCCGUCGAUGCGGAGACCGAUCCUUGUGGAGAGCAGCACCAGAAUGCGCUAUCACCAACAACGAUAGCAACAGCUCCGGAUACCAUAGAAUCGGUCACCAGCCCUGCAGAUCACGACGACACGGCCUAUCUGCACGAUUUCCUAUCUCGAGCUCGCGCACGGAAGGCAGCCAGAGAACAGGCUCUCCAAGAAAACCCAGUACAAGUGCAGGAGAUGGCGGAAGCUGCGGACUUGUCGGUCGAAGAGCUUAGGUCUUCGCACAUUGAAGACGUGGCCAUUCUUUCCGUGCCGAUGCCUGAUAGUAAAGAGACAUCAGCAACCCUUUCGGUAACCCAAGAGCCAGAGAUCAACAUCUCGCCUCGACGAAGCUCGCGACUCACAACGCGACUCCCAAGACCUCAAAGGCCCGUCACAAGCUUGCCGAGCAAUACCUCUCUCAAACGAUUCAGCGGAAUGGAGUUUAUUGCCGCAAACCGCGAAGCUCAAUCCAUUGCCGUGGCUACUAGGACAAAUACUAAGAAUAAUAAAGGUGGCGCGGUGUCAGCCAAGGUCAGACUGAUUCAAUUGAACGCUGAAGUGAAAGCCAGGCAGUCCCCGGAAGGUGAUGCGCUUGAGCCAUCGAGCCCAGAGACGGCGGCGAAGAAGAAGAAAAGCGGGGCAAAGGAGGUAACUUGGGCCGCGAAACUGGUGACUUUUCAGGAUGGAGAAGUUGCGGAUAGCACUGGCGAUGAAGCAGCGGAUGAAGGAAAUGAAAAUGUCAAAGUCGACAGCAACUCCGAGGAUGAAGGUGAAGCCAAUGAAGGGGUCGAGAAGCAGCGUUCACUCGUUCGGCAACGUAACAGAGGGGUCAAAAAGGUGCGCAAGCUCAGGAAAUUGAAUGGUGGGAGCGUGAAUGGGACGCCAGCACCAAAGAAGACCACAAACAUACCCCUGCCCGUCGGAUCGCAUUCGUCUUUGUCUGCCAAGGCGGUUGGAUUGGUGAUACAAGCUGAAGAUGGUGUAGAAGGUGAGAAGAAUACGAUACAGACAAGAAUGAGGACGAGGAUUUCCAAGGCUGUCUGA